CAACGACGGCAAUGUGCGAUCGGAUUGGCGCGCAUGUGGGCGGUCGGGCGGGGGCUCUAUCGAUUUAAAUUUGGUUUGCCGGUUCGCGGGUCAAUAGUCAACAUAGCGCAGUCGCCGCGUGCACUACGGACGUCUUGUCGAUGCGCUCGUCGAGGCGUGCACAUCUGCAGCGACCGUUUCCUCUCCUUUUCAGACGGAAGAGAUGUCCGGACGAGGGAAGUGCGAGACGUCCGCGGAAGCGGUGGCCGCUCAGCACGGGCCGAUGAAGUUCAAGAGCGCCGUGCCGAGAAUCAGGCAACAAUUGUUAAAAUGGAAUGGUUGGGGUUACAAGGAUUCUGAAUUUCGUCUGAACGAUCAAUAUAUCGUGGAGUUCACUGGUAACAGAUAUCCCAUUGGAAGUCAACAACUUCCAUACUUUGCGAAAUGGUGCCAAGAAACGUUCGAUGUGGAAUGGGAUUUGAGGAACGUGGCUCAAGAUAUGCCAACGAACUUGCCAGCACCAAUUCUUUCAGCGGAAUUACUGAAAGCAAUCGAAGAGCUGAAGAUCGACUACUCGACUGAUGGUGUCGAUCGUUUGAUACGAGCACACGGCCAUACAAUGCGAGAGAUAUUUCUUCUGAAGCACGGUUCCUUCGAGAGAAUACCGGAUGUCGUCUUUUGGCCGACGUGUCACGAUGACGUCGUCAGAAUCAUCAAUAUGUGCGCGCAUUAUGGAGCAACCUGUAUACCUUUUGGCGGUGGAACCAGCGUCAGCGGCGCGGUAUAUUGUCCCGCGAACGAACACCGGACGAUAAUUUCGUUAGACACAUCGCAGAUGAAUCGGAUAUUAUGGAUAGACAGAGAAAAUCUGUUGAUAUGCUGUGAAUCGGGCAUCAUCGGCCAGGACCUGGAACGGCAACUCCGCCUCCAGGGAUUCACGAGCGGCCACGAGCCCGAUUCUUAUGAAUUCUCCAGUUUAGGGGGAUGGGUGGCGACCCGGGCGAGCGGCAUGAAGAAAAACACAUACGGCAACAUCGAGGAUCUGGUGGUGCGAGUGCGAAUGGUUACCGGGAGGACGGAGGAUCCUGUUAUCACUUUGGAGAGAGGUAAUUUAGUACCUCGCGCGUCCUGCGGGCCGGACUUCGACCACGUGAUUCUCGGCAGCGAAGGCACUCUGGGCGUCGUCACGGAUGUCGUAAUGAAGAUCAGACCAUUGCCGCGGGUGAUGAAGUACGGCAGCGUGGUAUUCCCGAAUUUUCAAAGCGGCGUUCAGGCCUUACGGGAGAUCGCGAAGGAGCGAUGCCAGCCAGCCAGUAUACGGUUAAUGGACAACGAGCAGUUCCAGCUGGGGCAGGCGCUACGCCCGGAGUCCGGCUGGAUCAAGAUGAUCCUGCAGAGCCUGAAGCAGGUGUACAUCACCGGCGUGAAGGGCUUCUCGUGGAAUCAGAUUUGCGUGGCGACGCUGCUGAUGGAGGGCGACGCAGCGCAGGACGUCGCGGUGCAGGAGCGCAAGAUCUACAGCAUCGCCGAGAGACACGGCGGCGUGCCGGCGGGCGAGACGAACGGCGAGCGCGGCUACAUGCUGACAUUCGUGAUCGGAUACAUACGCGACCUCGCGCUCGAGUUCUACGUGCUGGCGGAAUCGUUCGAGACGUCCGUCUCGUGGAAUCGCGCGCUCACGCUGUGCAGGAACGUGAAGUCGCGCGUGGCCAGGGACUGCGAGGCGCACGGCAUACGCAAGUACUUCAUCUCCUGCCGCGUCACGCAAACCUACGACGCCGGCUGCUGCGUGUACUUCUACAUGGCGUUCAAAUACACGGACCUGAAGAAUCCGAUCGAGACUUACGAGGCGAUCGAGUACGCGGCGCGCGAGGAGAUACUGGCAAGCGGCGGCUCCCUGUCGCACCACCACGGCAUCGGCAAGCUACGGGCGCCGUUUUAUCGCGAAGCUGUCGGAGAGGCCGGCGUCGCCCUUUAUCGCGCUACCAAGGCGCAUUUGGAUCCGCAUAAUAUAUUCGGGGCGGGCAAUAUGGAUGUAAUGUACAAAGCGAAACUAUGAAAGCCGCGUCAGG